AAAACCGGACGCGACCAGUCAGUCUGUCUCGCACGCCGGUCGUGUGUCUUCCUACUGUUCGCUUGUCAUUCGUUUUAUUCAUUUAUCUCCUUUUUAAUAAUUGGUGUAGUCGUGCGUCAUCGAUCAUAUCAAUAAAUAUUCUUACGCACAUAUUCUAUUCUAUACAGUAUAAUUUUUUGUGAUAAAUUGUGAGUGAUUGUCAUUCAUCGGUCGUCAGUGCAAAAUAAAAUGGGUUAAAUAUCGGAAUGUGCGUGUGUUACAAUAAUAAUCAUAAUAAUUACUGUGCGAACACGAAACGAUGGCGAUAUUUGUGCAGUUCUAGUGUCGUCCCGGCUUGAUUUCUCCGAUAACUUUAAACGGGAGCCGCGUACAAACCAUAAUGGAUACGAGUAAUUUCGACAGUUAAGAUGCAGUGCAAGUGCGGCCUUUGGUGCGCGUUCCUCGUAUUAUUGGCCGUGUCUGCCGUUUCUGCCGCUCAACUGAUCAAAGAUGAUUUGAUGGUGGUGAUUCCAACCAGUAUGCCGGCUGACGACGGGCGAACCGCGGCCGACCACCGCCGGCAGCGCAAUGCGACCACCAGAUCGGUGAUAGGCGCUCUCAGGAGAACGCCGACGCCACCACAUCACCGGGGAGGAUCCGGACUGGUUCCGCUGGACGCGCUGCCGGAUGUCGACGAGUCGUCAAUGCCCCGGGUCAAGAAGAAGAUCAAACACAAACGGACGUGGGAUGAACCUGAGGCCCAAGGAUCCGAAGUCCGGAACGCCACUUCCAAGAGGCCUGACCGAAUCAAGACCCGUAGGCGGUUGUUGGUGCCGUCCUCGAGCACAGCCAGGGCACUCCGGACGGCGGCUUUGUCGUCGCCUCAAGAAGAAUCGUACUAUGAUUUCGGCAAGAAGAUCAGACACCCUACACAGUCGCAGUCACCAUCCCCACAGUCAACUGUGGACAGACUCAACGCGUCGUCGGAUUCGGAGACCAGGACGUCAGUCAGGUUGCCGGUGGUCGUCCAGCAAGUAAUGCAGGACGCCACACCCCGAGCCAGGGUGCCUGGACCACCACCGCAUAACCGCAACCACAGUACCGUAGCAGCGACUAGGCGGCCCACGGAGAACUCGGCGGCGGUGGAGUGCUUGUACCCAAGGUUCAGCAGGCGGAACAACAAAUCUAGGGCUCGAAGGGACGUUCGGUGCUUGCCAGAAUCGGAUGGAAGAACUACAAGAAUACUGUCAACCGUCGUCACGUCCGUGUCAGUCAGGGGGAGCCCACAGAAGAAAAAUGAUUCUACCACCGACCUUGGUCGUCAUUCUAUAGACAAUCACCGCACAGACGCCAACGACGGCGACGAUGCGACCGGCGCGUACAAUCCAGGGCAGCCUACGUCUACGGUGAGUCCGGACUCCGCGGUGUCGGCGUACCCAAAAUACCUCCGAAACCGGUACCGGAACAUAUCGCUGCCCGAAUACUUGGAGAUAACCAAAGUCAACCAGAGACGGUUGAAUGGCACGACUGUGGCAGGAACUGCAUCCAUAGCUUCCACCACUGCCUUCACCACCACCAUCACCACCACCACCACCGCCUCAACAACAGCCACUUCCACCUUUGCAGCAGCUUCUAGGCCAUCGUCUCCGGACCAUCCAGUCGAUGGCACUACUGAAACGCUGGAUGCGUCCACAACAGGUGACCGGUCUUCCACCGACACCCCUCAGCCACCACCUACCGACUUGCAAGAUUUCAUCUACCUGAACAACGGCACAUCAGAAGCUCCUGCCGACGAUAUCGCCACUGAUAUCGCCGCCACGGUUGUCUCGACCAUCCAUACCACAACCACAGUCGACGCAGCCGUCGAAGCCCGUCAAAGGAGGCCGCUGCUGCAGCGUGGCAAUGUCACCAGGCCGUCGGCCGAACACGAUGUUGGCGUAGUGUAUCCAGAUGGGCUGGCCACUUCUGUGUACUUUUUAACGUUUUUGGCCAUCGUUCCGUUGGUGUUGGUAAUUGUUUUCGCGUUCAAGCUGGCCAUGCGACGAAAAAAGAAGAAGGUGUUUGACAGUUCGGAAUAUUCUUCCGAGUACAACCGCAGCCCGCUGGACUUCAACACGAUCACGUCAUCACCGAUCACCACAAAACUUCCCAGGGUGCCUCAGCACAUCGUGUGGGACGCCGAGAAAACACCCGCCGUCCCAGUGCCGAUGAGCAACAGCCGUUGGGAGUUCCCCCGAGAAAAGCUGCGGCUUCAGACCAUACUCGGUCAAGGCAAUUUUGGUCAGGUGUGGAAGGCUGAGGCGGAUGACAUUAACGGACAUGAAGGCCUAACCAGGCUCGUCGCUGUGAAAAUGGUCAAGGAGGACGCAGCGUCCCGGGAGAGAGAAGAUCUGAUCAGAGAGCUGAGUAUUAUGCAACAUCUCGGAUCGCAUCCGAACGUUGUCACGUUGCUGGGAUGCUGUACGGAGAAAGAACCGUAUUUACUGAUCAUGGAGUACGUUAUGUACGGCAAACUAUUGGCGUUCCUUAGAGAUCGACGGACACGAUCGCAUUAUUUUAAUUUUAGCGACUCGACUGCUUCGCUCACGUCUAGAGAUUUAACAAUGUUUGCCUAUUGCGUAGCACGAGGAAUGGAUUUUCUGGUUUCGAAAAAAAUAGUGCACAGGGACUUGGCCGCGAGAAACGUAUUGGUUGACCACAAUAAACUAUGCAAAAUAGCCGAUUUCGGUAUGUCUCGCAAUGUCCGAGACACUAACCAGAUUUACGAGCAAAGGCAUACCAAGGGUGCCUUGCCUAUCCGUUGGAUGGCACCAGAGUCGUUGCACUAUAGUAUAUUCACAUACAAGACUGACGUGUGGAGCUUCGGUGUACUGAUGUGGGAGAUCGUCACUCUAGGUUCAACCCCUUACUGCACAAUGGGCGCCCGCGAAGUAAUGAGACGCGUGCGUGAAGGCUACAGACUUGACAAACCAGCACAUUGUCGAUCCGAAUUGUUCAGGGUAAUCACCAAGUGUUGGGCGGCCGACCCGUCCAAGCGACCCACGUUCGCCGAGCUGAAACAAGAGCUGGGAGCACUUUUGGAAAACCCAGAGUUUGAGGGCAGCUACGUGGACCUAGAAAGCCUCGUCGACGAGUCAGACAGCAAUGCCAAAGACAGACAAUAAUAAUAUUAGACGUGCCUAUAAUGUACGCAUAUCCAUAUGCAGACCAAAACGAUCUCCCAGGGACGUUUUUAUCGAUUUCUUCCCAUAAGGAUCACAAAAAAAUUACAUUAUUUUUCAUUAGAUUCCUUUUUGAUUUGCAAGUCAUAUAAGUAGUUUUAUACUUAGAACAGAAAUAUUGUAGACUCUAAUGAUUAUUAUCGUGAGUUCGAAUUUGAUUUGUUUUCAUUUUAUCGUAACUGCAAGUAUCACGAUUGAAUAAAUGUAUGUUAUUUAUAUACGAUAUAUAAUAUAUAUAUAUAUAUAU